AUGCAGCUCGUCCAGAUCAUCAUCCCCAUCGAGUCCGCCCACCUCACCGUCUCUUAUCUCGGCGACCUCGGCCUCCUCCAAUUCAAAGACGUAAUCUCUUUCCGAUUCUCUUUUUUCUCGUUUCAAUUCGAUUUGAUUUUCCUGCGAUUUUGGAAAUAGAGAAGUCAUUCUGUAAAUAGAGCAGUAUUUAUUGACGAGAGACAGUUGGGUGUCUAGAAGUUAGAGACGGAGAGGUUAUAACCUUACCCGAUUGGAAACGACAAAAUUGAAGUCCCAUGAAAGCUUAUUUAAUACUGAAUCCCAUGCCUAUGUCCAGUAGAGUACAGUCGCAAUUAUGACCACUUGGAAACUAUAUAUGUCUCAUCCGAAUGAUCCCUCUCAGGUUGUCUAGUUCUAACUUCAUUGUCAACUCCAAUAUCCCAUAAGAAUUUUGGUCAUGGAUUUUCUUCUUUCCACUCCUUUACCUCCCAUAGCAAUAAGUUUAGCAGUCAUGUUCCUUUUAGGAGUUAUUUUUCUGGGGAAGAAGCAGAACAAGAGAUACCCUCCAGUUGCCGGAACCCUCUUCCACCAACUGAAACACCGCCGCAAGUUGCACCAUUAUAUGACAGAGCUUGCAUGCAAGUACAGAACUUACAGGAUACUUGGCUUUUUUGGAUACACAGUCUACACGGCAGAUCCUGUAAAUGUCGAAUAUGUGCUCAAAACAAAUGCUGCUAACUAUGGCAAGGGAUAUUACCUGCAUAACAUUCUGUAUGAUGUGUUGGGCGAUGGGAUCUUUUCUGUGGAUGGGGACAAAUGGAGGCAUCAGAGGAAGGCAUCAGGCUCGCAAUUCUCAACAAAAGUACUUAGAGACUUCAGCGGUGAAAUCUUCAAGACCAAUGCAGUCAAACUUGCUAGCAGAAUUCAUGAAGCUGCAACCUGCGGCAAAUCAAUAGAGAUGCAAGUUUUGUUUUUGCAAUCAACCUUGGAUUCAAUCGUCAAGAUUCUACUUGGUAUCGAUCUAGAUACCAUGUCUGCAACAAACAAUGAAAAUAUCCGGUUUGCCAAUGCUGUUGCUUAUGCAAGCGGAUCUAUCAUUUAUCGUGUUGCUGAUGUCUUUUGGAGGAUCAAACGGUUCUUAAACAUUGGUACGGAAGCAGCGAUAAGAAGAAAUAUGAAAGUGUUGGAUGACUUUGUAUACAAUUUAAUCAACAUAAAGAUUGAAAAACUCCGUAAGUCAGAAGAACAAUACGAGCAACCUUUAAAGAGAAGAGACUUUAUUUCCAAACUAUUGGAAGCUAAAGAGACUGAUCCAAAGUACUUGAGAGACAUGGUCCUCAGUUUUAUUGCUGCGGGCAAAGACACAACUACUUCUGCUCUUUCAUGGUUUAUUUAUAUGAUGUGUAAGCAUCUUGAUAUACAAGAGAAGAUUGCACAGGAAGUUAGAGAAGCAACAGGUCUGAAUAAUACUUCAAGCGCUGAUGAAGUUGCAGCCAACCUUACUGAAGAAGCCCUUAAUAAAAUGCAAUACCUCCAUGCAGCCUUGACCGAGACACUGAGACUCUAUCCUGCAGUUCCAAUGAAUGCGAGGGUUUGUUUUUCUGAUGAUACCUGGCCAGAUGGACAUAGUGUGAGAAAAGGAGAAAUGAUCGUAUACCAACCUUAUUCAAUGGGCCGGAUGAAGUAUAUAUGGGGUGAUGAUGCAGAAGAGUUCCGGCCAGAGAGAUGGCUUGACGGAAAUGGCAAUUUCAAAGAAGAAAACCCUUUCAAAUUCAUAACCUUCAGUGCCGGUCCAAGAAUUUGUCUGGGAAAGGAUUAUAGUUAUCUGCAAAUGAAGAUAUUCUGUGCUGUGCUUUUAACCAAGUACAUAUUCAAGCUCACUGACGAGACAAAAGUGGUGGAAUACAGGACGAUGGUCACGCUCGAUAUCAAGAGACUUCAUGUUCAUGCCUUUCCAAGAGUUUGAGCAUUGUAAGAAAGUUGUAUCAGAUGUUAGUCUCAUAUUUGAAACAUCAAACUUGUGAUCAACAACUUCUUGUUGAUGAGCCUUUAAUCAAGGUAUAUGCAUCAUUUGGCAUUACAAUAAAUCAGUAAGUGAUGAUGGAUUUCAUGAAGUGUAUUUAAUUAUAAAUGAUUAUAAGAACACUGCAGAUAAGUAUAUGCAGUAAUUAAGUGUAUACUCUGGAUUUUGAUAUUUGUCUUCAAUUUCUUUGUGGAAUUAGUUUGCUCUGCAUUGAUUUAAUAGCUUGAGCAGAUUCAGUUGGUGUGUAUAUAUAUCAGUAGCAUCGACGGAUGGACA